AGCAGGCUGCUCUCUGUCAGUCUCUGCAUCACUGCCUUUAGAAAACACCAUCAACUUUACAAAUACGAGAAGAAACCACAGAAACGUGGAGGGGAUUAAGAAAUCUGUUGAAAAAACAACAACAACAACAACAAAAAAACAGCCCCGGAUAGGAAGAAACGCUCUUCCGAAGCCCUUCAGGAGAACAGCGGCUGACAGGACGCAGCCCAGUCCGAGGUCUGAAGGCCUCGAUGGUUUCUUUAUUCUCCCACGGUGCUGCAUCCUUCCAAUAAUCCAGGAAUUAGGUGAACCGAGAUGGCGGACAGCGCGGGGCUGCAGUUUGUCAGCUCCUUCGCCUUCGAAGCCAUGCAGAAGGUUGAUGUGCUUCGUCUCGCAGCCCUGAGUGACCCCGAGCUCAGGCUUCUGCUUCCCUGUCUGGUGAGGAUGGCGUUAUGUGCCCCUGCAGAUCAGAGUCAGUCAUGGGCGCAGGAUAAGAAGCUGAUCCUGCGCCUGCUGUCUGGAGUGGAAGCAGUCAACUCCAUCGUAGCGCUUCUCUCUGUGGACUUUCAUGCUUUGGAGCAGGAUGCACGGAAGGAACAGCAGCUCAGACACAAGGCAGGUGGCUCCAAUGGAGAAAGCAUCCUGGUGUCGCAGCUGCAGCAUGGACUGACCCUGGAGUUUGAACACAGCGAUCCCCUCAGAAGGCUCCGUUUGACUCUCAGCGAGCUGCUGGCCAUCAUGAAUAAGGUGGCAGAUUCCAACGGGGAGUUUUUCUUAAAGUCAUCUGAGCUCUUCGAGAGCCCCGUGUAUUUGGAAGAGGUGGCAGAUGUCCUCUGUAUUUUACAAGCAGAGCUGCCUUCUUUGCUGCCCAUCGUGGACGUAGCAGAGGCUUUGCUUCAUGUCCGCAACGGCGACUGGUUUAUGUGCCUGCUGGUCGCUAACGUUCCAGACAGCUUCAAUGAAGUUUGCAGAGGCCUGAUCAAGAACGGAGAACGACAGGACGAGGAGAGCGUGGGGGGUCGGCGCAGAACCGAAGCCCUCAGGCAGCUCUGCCAGAUGAAUCCCUCGCAGGCCCUGAACAUCAGAGCCAUGGUGGUGGAGGAGUGCCACCUGCCUGGUCUGGGCGUGGCGCUCACUUUGGACUACAAACCCGAUACGGCGGACGAGGCGGUGAGCCCGCUGGUGUCCUACGUCAGCGGUCUGCUGCUGGGAACCAACAGCAAAGUCCGUACCUGGUUCAGCAUGUUCAUUCGCAACGGACAACAGAGGAAGAGAGAAAGCAGCUCAGUGCUGUGGCAGAUGCGCAGACAGCUGCUGCUGGAACUGGUGGCCAUCCUGCCACGCUCGCGCAGCACACACGUGCCCAAUGACGCUAACAUGGAAGACGAGAGUGGUUCGGGUUACUCUGGUCUCAGGGAGGAGCACGUGGUGAAGGCCAGCGCUCUGCUGAGACUUUACUGCGCGCUCAUGGGCAUCGCUGGUCUCAGGCCUACGGAUGAAGAAGCAGAGCAGCUGCUGCAGCUGAUGACCAGCCGGCCUCCAGCCACUCCUGCUGGAGUUCGCUUCGUUUCUCUGUCCUUCUGCAAACUGCUGGCCUUCCCCACCCUGGUCAGCACUCCAGAGCAAGAACAGCUCAUGGUGAUGUGGUUAAGUUGGAUGAUCAAAGAGGAGGAAUAUUUUGAAAGUGCUGCAGGCGUAUCGGCUUCUUUUGGAGAGAUGCUAUUACUGGUUGCCAUGUAUUUCCAUAGCAACCAGCUCAGCUCCAUUAUUGAGUUGGUGUGCUCUACUUUGGGGAUGAAGAUCGCCAUCAAGCCGAGCUCUCUGAGCAAAAUGAAAACUAUCUUCACUCAGGAGAUUUUCACCGAACAGGUGGUUACAGCUCACGCUGUGAGGGUCGCGGUGACCAACAACCUGAGUGCCAACAUCACAGGAUUUCUUCCCAUCCACUGCAUCUACCAGCUGCUGCGGAGCAGAGCCUUCACCAAGCACAAAGUUUCCAUUAAGGACUGGAUCUAUCGUCAGCUCUGCGAAACCACCACGCCAAUCCACACCCAGCUGAUCCCGCUGAUCGACGCUUACAUCAACUCCAUCCUCACUCCAGCAUCCAAGGCCAACCCUGAGGCCACCAAUCAGCCAAUCACUGAGCAGGAGAUCCUCAACGUCUUUCAGAGUUCUGCAGGGCAGAGUGAUUGCAGCCGAGGAGGACGCCAGCGCCACUCCAUCACCACCCAGCUGCUCAUCCUUUACUACAUCCUGUCCUUUGAAGAGAACCUGCUGGCUAGCACUAAACAGCUGGCUCUGAUGCAGAGGAAGCCAAAGUCUUACUCUGCAGCCCUAAUGGACCAGAUCCCUAUUAAGUACUUGGUUACUCAGGCCCAGGGGCUGCAGCAGGAGCUGGGGGGUCUGCACUCUGCACUGUUGAGACUCCUGGCCACCAACUACCCCCACCUGUGCCUCGUGGAGGACUGGGUGUGUGAGGAGGAGGUGACGGGCACCCUGCCCCUCCUGAGGAAGAUGAUGCUUCCCAGCAAUACCUGCAGAUACACCCAGAGCCAGCUGCACCAAGCCUUCCAGAAGCUGCCCUCCAGCAGUCCCAGGCUCAUGCGGAUUCUGGAGCAUUUGACCCUGCUCUCUCCUGGAGACCUGAUCCCCUACGCGGAGGCCCUCACCGCCAGCAUGGCCCUGCUGCUGGAGCCCGGCGUGCCCCGACGGCUGCUGCAGACCCUCAACAAGCUCUGGAUGGGCCUCAACACUGUGAUGCCCCGCAGGCUGUGGGUGAUGACGGUAAACGCCCUCCAGCCGUCAGCGAAGCUGCUCCGACAGCAGAGGUACACUCAGAACGACCUGAUGGUCGAUCCUCUGAUCGUUCUGCGCUGUGAUCAGAGGGUGUACAGGUGUCCUCCGCUGAUGGACAUCGUCCUUCACAUGCUGAAUGGAUACCUGCUGGCCUCCAAGGCCUACCUGCAGUGUCACCUGAAGGAGACGGGCGACUUCGAUCGGCAGAACCAGAUCGUUUCAAACGUGGCGGUCCCUGGUCAGCCAGACACCCCAGAGGUCACCAGAGAGGAGCUGAAGAACGCCCUCCUGGCUGCGCAGGACAGCGCCGCCGUCCAGAUCCUCCUGGAGAUCUGCCUGCCCACCUCCAAGGAGCAGCUGCUGGGGGCCACUACAGGGAGCCUUCUGAGGACCAACCAGGGCCCCGUUCCAGGAAACUGGAAACAAGGGAGCCUCCCGCCGCCAAAUAGAGGGGGAGUGGAAGACGCUGAGCCAGAGGGGGGGCUGCUCAGUGACCUGAGGGAGGUGCAGUGCCUCAUCUGCUGCCUCCUGCAUCAGAUGUUCAUUGCUGACCCAAACAUUGCGAAGCUGGUUCACUUUCAGGGUUACCCUCAGGCUCUGCUGCCUCUGGCCGUGGCGGGCAUCCCCUCCAUCCAUAUCUGUUUGGACUUCAUCCCGGAGCUGCUGGCUCAGCCCCAGCUGGAGAAGCAGAUCUUUGCCAUCCAGUUGCUGUCUUACCUGUGUACGCAGUACGCCUUACCCAAAUCCCUGAGUGUGGCCCGGUUGGCCAUCAGUGUGAUGGGAACCCUUCUAACAGUGCUGAACCGGGCCAAGCGUUUCUCCUUCUUCAUGCCCACCCUGCCCUGCCUGGUGGCGUUCUGUCAGGCCUUCCCUCCUCUCUAUGAUGACGUAGCAGCUCUGUUGGUCCAGGUGGGUCAGGUCUGUGCCUCUGAUGUGGCCACUAAAGUCCGGGACAUCGACCCCUUCAUCGCCCGCCUCCAGACUCUGAGAGAGAAACCUCAGGAGGCUGCAGCUCCGGGCGGAGGCUCCUCCAAGCUGACUCUACCCCAGAAGACGGCCGAGGAGCUGGGCGGAGCCGACCCAGACGUGCAGCUCUGCUACUGCAUUGAAGCCACCUUCAUGGACAUCAUCAGCUCCACGCUUCAUGGACUGUAG